GUUAGGAAAUCGCUAUUUGUACUUUUUCAUUGUAAAAUUAGGCUCCGAGACUAUUUUUACUCGAAGUGCUUUUCUUGUACCAUCUCAUGUUGAGCUCUCAUUUAGAGUUUAAUUAGAGCUAUUUUAGUUUUUUUUUAAUUAAUUGGACAUUAUAUGUGACACAGGUUUAAAAGUUAAUCGUUAUUUAACCAUAUUAAUCUAAUAAAUGGUAUAAUUUAAUCUGUGUGUUUAAAAUUCAGUGUUAGUGUGAAAAACUGAAAGUUUGCUCAAACAGGAGGAAGUUGAUCAAAGGAAAAUACAAAUAUUAACUGAAAACUCUCUUCAAUUUCUCAUUUCUCAUAUAAUUAUUGUUAUUAAAUCAGUAAUUCUAGAUAUAAUUGUGAUUAUCACCAACGAAAGUACAAAACAAAACUACCGCCAGAAGCUGUUCAUCCAAUGAAAUCAAGUAUCAUCUAUCAAAGUAUUGAAUCCAAGGAGAUAACUCCUGUGUAAAAAUAGGCUUUACCAACAAGUUAUGUUGAUGUAAUUUCUCAUCAUGAUUGAAUCAUAAGCUUCAGUCAAUAAUUGAUCAAACCUGAAUAAUGUGUCUUCGUUUUUAACUAUUAUUAACAUUGUUUCAAAUUUAAUAUGGAUUAAUAAAAUGGAUUUGACAUUAAGUUAAGUAAAUCAGUGGAUAAAAACUAUCCUAAAUGGGAUAGAUGCCAACAUUUGUUAUCAACUUUGGAGUGAUCAUGUCCUGGAAUACCUUGGUUUGUUGGCGUAAUCAUUUCCAUUCACCUUUGGCCGUCAAGUAAUCCAUCAGCGUAGCUAUACGCUGGCCUGUUUCUCGAUUUCCUAACAGUUGCUAUUGUAAAGGCUGCAGUUGGUCGACGUAUAUCCCAAUUAAGAUGGCCAAUUGAUUGUUGCUUCGUUGGAUUAUUCUAUGCCUUAUGCAUUCAUGCUUCUCGAGCAGUUUACAUUACAUGGUUAUUUAAUUAUGGUUCAUUUUGGUCACAACUAAUUUGGAUUUUGUCUAUCGAAGUAGGGCUAUCUAGAAUUGUCAUCGGAAGGCUUCAUGUUUUUGAUGUUUUGCUGGUUUCUUUCUUGCCUUGACAAUUCUUUACAAUUUAGCUUUGUAAAGUUGACUGAAUGAAAUUAUUUCACAUUUUCAUGAUGUUGUUCAGCCAAUUUCUCGAAUCAUUUUGUAAUUUUCUUAAGAAAUCUGAUUUCUAUAAAUUAUUGUAUUCCCUAAAAGAUCUGAAGCUUGUAUUUUGUUUGUUUCUAAUUCAAUACACUAACGGUCUCCAUAACAACAUUGUUAUUGAAACUGAUUCUUGUAAUCUCCAAUUUUUUGAGUGAAAUUAAAUUUUAAAAAGUCAUUUUGAUAUUCUGCAAUUAAAAUAAAUUCUCAUAAUUUUUUAAAUGAAAAGCAUUCUUAUACUUUGUUUCAUCCAUGGAUUCAAGUUCAGAAGAAUCAUCUGAAAUAGUUUCUGGUCAUCGACCAACCAAAAAAUUGGAUAAUAUCAGGUCAAACAAAUCCCUUCGGUCAUCUGAUAAAAGUGAUGAUUUAUUAUCAAUACCCGCAGCAACCCGACCCACUUCAUCUACAAAUCGUCGACCCAACAAGAAGGCUUCAUUUGGUGAUGAUUAUUUAAAUGAACAAGAAGUUUCAACAAUUGAACCUCUUCGAAUAGACACUCAUGCUACAAUCAACGGUGAUGGUGAUUCACCAACAGCAUCAAGAUCAAGUACCGCAACCUUUGGAGGUGGAAGUCGAACCGGCACACCACUUUUAGAUCAAACAAUAUCAGCUGCUUUUCGAACUCGAAUAAGAUCCAGGAUAAAAACAGUGAAAGAGUCCGUCACCAAAACACCGUUACCAACAAGACAAAUAGAAGGAGUUAGUGACUUAAGUAACUUGAUUGAGGCUCGAUUAAAAGGUCGAAAAGAUUGGCAAACAUCUUUGGCCACAUUACUCGAUCACGGAUCUAAAUCAUCGGGUAAUCUUACUUAUCCUUCACCUGAUCAAAGUUACGACUUUUUUGCUUCAUCUUUUAAGUCAUCAUCUAAAACAACCAAAGACGGAUCAAUUGUCAAUGAACCAUCGACAUCUUCAAACUAUGAUGAUGGAGAUGACGGAACAGUGAUUAGUGAUCAAAAAUUGAAACAUGAUGACACUAUAACCAUAAACUCUGAUGACUCUGCAAGUGGAAAAUUGUUAGUUAAACAAUUGUUUGCUUCAACUGAAGAAUUGCAUUUGUGUGAAAGGUCAGAAGUGGAAAUAAGAUCGACCAGUCUACGCCGAGAAAAAGAAGCUCAAUUAUUAACAAUCACUUCUAACGAUCCAAUUCCAGAUCAUAUUAGAUUUGGUCGUGGUGAAGGUUACAAUCCAAGAAAUGAUGGUCUCUACUGUCAACCAGCACCUAAAACAUUAUCUCAGCGGAAUAUAAAUAAGCUUUACCAGAGGUUAUAUCGUGACUCUGGAUUGGCUUGGUUCCAAGGACGAUUCCGUACUUUAUUUGAUUUACUUUGGACAUAUUUUACAGUUUGGAUUACAUUUUUUGAUACUUUGAAAAUCGUCUCUUCUCCUGAACUGACCUCAAGCAGCACCGAUUUAUACACUCUUCAGCCCACCAUGUCUAAACAUAAAUUCAUUGAAUCAUUUAACAAAGAAAAGACUGUCAAGUAUCGAAUCGAAUUCAAUUUACAUUCUAUUCAGUUUACCAAUCAUCUGGCAUUUGGCGAUGAAAAUAUUCUAGCUGCGAAAUUGCUGAAAUUAUAUCGCAAUUACAGGGAAACUUUGACUGAAGGAACAAUAACAUUAUUGAACAGAAAGAUUGAAUCGCUUAAAAUAUCGCUUGCAAAUGUUACAGACAAAGAGUCUGAAGAUAAUGGCCAACAACCGAAUCAGCGGUUGGAGCGUUUAAUCAACUAUCGUCGACAACUGAGUGAGACAUUCAUUGCUCGGAGGAAAGCGUUAACUCAACUGAGAUCUAUUUUACUUGAACUUUUAAGCACAUGGGAAGAGUUGGUUGAUAAAAGGCGUAAUCAAGAAUUUUCAUCAACAACAGUAAAGUUGACCUACAAGGAAGAGGCCAAUCAAUUGUCUGAAGAAGAAGAAAGGAAAAUUUGGAACAAUUUAGUUGAAGAGGAUUUCAAAAUUCAAUGGUCAAUGGUUAAAGAAACAUAUGCACGGGCAUUAGCUGAUUACCGAAGAGAUUUAAGGUCUUGGAAAAGCUGGCAAAGGUCAGUUCGUAGGUCUCCUAAACAUGAAGACGAUGACAUGAUUGAAGAAGCCAGUAGUUCAAAUCUUGAUGCUUCCUUAAAGAAUCCUACUUCAACCCCAGAAAAAGUCAAACCUGAGCCACCACCUAAAUCAAUUGAUGAGAAUGAAUUGAAGCAACAAAUUUCUGCGGAAACUUUACUGUUGGAUGGUCGAGUUCCUGGUGAACCCAAGUUUACCGAAUUAACGCUUUCUUUCGACACUCCUCUAUCUUCUGGACCUGAUUGUCCUGCUUAUGAGCAAAAACGUCGUUCACUAAUGAAAAAUUUAAAGUAUUUCGUCGAAGUUAAGCUUAAUGGCUCAAAUCGAACCAAGACAAUUGAACAAGAAGUUGACUACAAUUUCGUUGUUACUUGGGAUCAAAGGUUCAUUGUUGACCUAACAGAGGAACCUAAAGAGAUGACUUACAGUGUAUGGGAAAAGAAAGGACCCGCUAAGUUGACUCGAUUAACCAGCGGCAUCCUUCCUUGGCCUGAUGCAGUUACAUUGCCAAGAGAAGAUACUUUAACAUUGAAUGAAGAACCUUUUCAAGUUUUAUCUGGUGAAUCGACAGUAAUUUGUUCAGGAAAUUUAUUUUACAGCUCAGCCUGGUCAAUUGAUGAUUCAGGAACCAUUUUAGCUCCAGCUUCAGUCUCAUUAUCGCACACUAACAUCAAUAUUGAUUCUUUUUCGGCUGAGGAAAUCAAUAGGAUUAGAGAUAAAACUGCUUUAAUGUUGGAUCCCAAUGAUCCAGAUAACAUAAAACUAUUGAAAGCUAUCCGUAAAUAUGAGCAAAUGUUUCAAAAUGGCACAUCUCAAAAGGAUGGCGAGGUUGAAUCAUUUUCAAGCAGAGUAUUGCUAAAAAGUAUUCAAUUCGUGGAUGAGAAGGAAAUCGAGAACAAUCCUAGAUUCAAAUUGAUCAAACUACGAGCCAGUAAACACGAUAAAUUCAAUGGGAUUCCUGUUCCUUUAUUAGAAAGAGAAAUACCUUUAACGAUAUUUUCAGAUACAAAUGGAACUAGAGAUUCAUCUGUUCGAUCGGCUAAAGGGAUUGAAGCCAAACGAGAAAAGGCUUUAGCAGUACUAUUCAAAAUUCGAAGCAAACUGAUGAAUCAAUCCGAAGGCUGUAUUGAUAGACCAAGGACUUGGGAUGAUAUUGUUUCUGAGCCAGAUUCUCAUGGAAUAGAUCUUGGUUUUCAUUUCUUCUUGCCUUCACAUAAUCGCCGUCCUUUACAUCCAACACGAAAGGAACGGAAAAAGAUAUCUGGCCCAUUAUCAGGCAACUCGCAAGUUCAACUUAUAAUCACAAUCAUGCACGCUUUCAAUGUUCCUGUUAGAAUUGAAAAUGGGGCCCAAACUUCAGAAGAGUCCGAGAAUAGGCGUGAUAAACUAAACUCUGAACUUGGAGAGUUAACUUAUGAAAGCCGUGUAAGUCCAUUUGUUGAGGUUGUUUUUCAACGUCAAAUUGAAAGGACCAACACUGCAUAUGGCGCUCAACCUACUUGGAACGAAACUCUUUCCCUUGCUUUGAAGGCACCCAAUGAUGAUUUCAGUCCGUCUAAUUUGAUCACAAUCAAUGACUGGGUUUAUCUCAAUCUAUUUGAUGAAAUUUCAAUCAAUUCUAAUGACACAUCAGGAGCAAUUAUAUCGCAAAGGUUGGAAAGACGAUGGUUGGGAUCAUUGAAGAUACCAUUUUCAACGUUAUAUUUCAACUCCAAGAUAGAGGGAACAUUCAAACUAAAUACUCCGCCAGUCCUCUUAGGCUAUGAAUACGAUUCUCGUUUCUUUGAACUUAAUCAACACCUUUCCAGUUCAGAUGUUUCUACCACACCAAACACCUAUUUAACCCUAUUCUUAACAAUUGAUCCAACCUUACAGCUUCCUGAACCAUUAACUCUCAAAUGUGACUCGAAAGAAUCUGAAAAAAUCUUGAUCCAUGGUAGGAAAUGGGAAUCUUUGGGUCGAACUGAAUUCCCCGAAAGAGCAAUUCGAGCCUUUGCCAUUGACUUGGAAGCUCAAUUUGUUUUAAUUACACGAUACAUAAGACCAAUCAAACCACCAGAAAGCCUAUUAACCAACAUAUCAUUAGCAGACGAAGCAAUGCACAGAUUAGCUCGUUUUGUCUCACUGAUUCCGUCCAUUCCAGAUAACUUUGCUGUCCCUGGAACUGAAGAUAUUUGGAUUCCUUGUGAUCAAUUCCUUGACAUGUUGAUUGGUGAUGAAGAGGAACAUGCGAUUCUUUUGUGUAACUUUUUCCUUUACUUGGGCAAAAGAGCUGGAGUCAUCCUUGGAUUUGGUAUUCCUGAAGGUUUAACUGCUUAUGUUAUCGUAUGGGAGUACACUGGUCAAGAACCUUCGGUUUGGAACCCGAUUUCGGGUGAAAAGUAUAACAUUAGAGACAGUUAUAUUCCGCUUAAUGCAGUCGGAACCAUAUUCACCAGUGAAAAUGUUUAUGCUAACAUUCAAAAGCAGGAUCAUCCAAACAGGUUGAAUUAUGAUGUGACUAAAGCCAGUUGUUGGAAACCCUUAUUCAAUCGUAAAUUUCCUAAUCCAGGACUUACAAGUAUUCAGCCUGAAAUGAUUGAUUAUGAGCCAAUUGAUGAAGAAUACAUUAAACAGUUGCAAAAUAACCUGGAAAAAAAUCUAAGAGAAAGUCUAAUGAGAUGGCGAAAGAAUUCACGAACAUUUUUCAAUAGAACAGCGAUUCAACAGAUUCGUAAAAUACUUCCAAGACUGGAAAAGAAACUUGGUCGGCUUCAACAAAAUGAUCUGAUCACAGAGUUGCAAGAUAUACUAACUGUUCACAAGAUGAUUGGAUUUCCAUUGAAUAUGCCUUAUACAAGUGAAAAAGCCAUUACUGAAGCUGUCUAUGCAACAGGAUUACAUUUGAUUGAAGAUCGUAAAGUUGAUUUUGCUUUGGCCGUUUAUUUACAUCCAUAUCCAUGUAACCUCAUGUCUGUUUGGGUUUACAUUGCUGCUCUAUUAAAAGACAAAUGAAAUGCUUUUAUUCAUACAACAAUGGAUGCCGCGUUUUCAUUAAAUAUUUUUCGACUUUUGUUUAACAUUUCAGAAGUAAUUUUCAUUUUGUCCUGCAUAUCAUAUAAUUUUGACCAAAAGAUUUCUUGUUAUUACUGUAACAGCCAACGUUUCUGCGAAAUCAACAUAAAGUGAAUAAUAUUUUGUUUCAAG